UUUACGGUCACUACUCAGUCUAAACAUUUGCGUCAAUAGUGCUAGUCGAGUCAACGAUGGCGAGUGGAGCGGCCCCUAAACCACAUUACAACUUGGAAGAUGCUCCGGCACUCUUCGAAAAGUUUAUAAAGGACCACGAUAAAGUGUACACAGAUGACGAGGACAGGGCUGUCCAUUAUGAGGCAUUUAAGAGGAGGUUGGAACAAAUAAACAAGGCCAAUGCGCAGAAUGCCUCAGCGACGUAUGACAUAAACAAGUUCGCAGAUUACACGGCACAAGAUAGUAAACAUCUUACUGGUGUCCUUCGUCCAAAUAAAUAACAUUGAAGAUAUGCGGUUACAAAUUACGAAGAAUAACUUUUAGAUUUUUUUUAAAGAACCAUUUCUUACUAGUUUAUAUAUCUCUCUUAGUCUAUAGAAAAUCUUAAACCGCUCCAUAGCGGGAACUUGAGUGAGCGCAAUGCGCAGAAAUCGGUGAAGAAGUCAAAAAGAAGAAAUUUAUUUAAAUUUUGAAGAAAUUAUCUAUUUAAAUUGCCAAUGUUACGUAAAAAAAUUAUUUGUGACCGUACCUAAUUAAUUAAUUAAUUGCAAAUAAACAAUGAUAAUAUAUUUUUUUACAAUAGCAACAUUUUACAGUCAUUGAAAUCCUAUCGCAUUUGGCUUUUAUUCUUAUACCGGAUAAUGAUAUCAUCGUUGUUGUUGUUGAUUACUAAGCAAUGUAAUUUUUAAUGAGUAUUUAAUUUUCCCAUUCAGACCAUAUAAGUCAACUAUGUUUCUCAUCUAGAGACGUUGAUUUUUUUCUCUUAAUGUCCGCAUACUUUUAAUACACAUAUAAAAUAUAUUAAACGAUUAAUCAUUUAUGGCUUAGUAUAAAUAAUGUUCUAUUAAAUUUAUAGUGUAUAAAUUAUAAUAUUGGGUUAUUAAACCGUGGUAUAAUUUAGUAUUGAACAGAAUCUUGUAACAAUAGACCUUGGAACCUCAUGCCUUAUAAAUUACAAGCAUACAUUGUUGUUCAUACGAGGUAAUAGGAAAACUGAUGUUGGAAAAUAAUCAAACUAUUAUACGCUAGUAAAGUUUCUUUUUAUUUUUAAAAAUAUCGACUUAUUAGGUAAUGCAUACACGGUUUUCCCACGAUAUUUUCCUUCACCACUAGUCAUUAUGUCAAGACCGCUCCGUCGCCUUUGUUGGUUGCGUGCUAAACUAAGUUUUUUCAUACGAUGUGAAGCUUUCUUUGUCUAUCUAGUAGAGCUAACCUAACUAACAAGAAAAAAAUAUUAGAAACAUACAUAAUAUAUAACUCUUCACACACAUAAAUUACAGGGUGUAUGGAAAAUCUAUGUUACCUCUUGUAUAUGUAAUGUCUCAUAAUAAAUCAGAAUACCGAAAAAAUCACUAAAAACGUCUACUUCGCAAAAACAAACUAAAUUCUGCCUAAUUUAUGCUUGUAUUUUUAUACGUGACGAAUACAACGAACGUGACCAUCCCAAAACGUAGUGCGAAUUUAGCUCUAUGCGGAAAAUACUACUUACGAUAAGUAGAAUUUAGAUAAAGUCUUGUUAUAUUCAGCAUGUGUUGUACUGAAUUUAUUAUUUCAAGUUUAAUAAAUUCAAACUAUGCCAGCGGUGCUACAAUUUUUUUAGAUCUUAGAUCAGAUUUCGGUAUAUGCUUCACGAUGAUUUGUUAAUCUAAUAGCCAAGUAGGUGAUGAGCCUCCUGUGCUGUUGUGUUGUUGUUGUAUGUUUUCCUUAACCGAAUAUCAAAUGCGUAUCUAUAUACGCAUUCUGUCUAUACAGAAAGUCCAUUGGUCUAUAGCCGGGACUCAAACCUACGAGCUCAGGGAUGAGAGUCACACGCUGAAGCCACACUGCCCAAAUUUAAUACUUUCGGUAAAUUUGACAGGGAUAAUAAAUGACUAGUAGCGCUAUAGGGUUUUGUGGGCGGCAAAAAUUUUGCGACCUCAUUCAUAAUUUUUCUUAAUGGUCAAGCUUUUCAGCAGAUUAUAUAUCCUUACAGUAUUUUACUUCACCGUAUUAACUAGAGUUACUUGCAUAUAUAGUAUGAAAAUUGUUUGGACAUCCGGGGUUAAUAGAAUUACGCUGCUGCUAGCAUAGAGAAGACCAAUAUCAAAGUCUAUACCACAAAUAAUUGUGGUAUAAAAUUGUAUACCAAGAAUAAACUGAGUAAGUUAAAGUCCGAUACGAAAUCUUCACAUUCUUCUGCAUGCAAAUGCUGUGACCGUAAGCGUUGGUCCAGAAUGCUGUCGAAACGUGCGGUGAAUAUGAGAUGGACCAACCAGAUCAACAACGUUUCAAACGAAGCACUACAUGAACACCACCCUCAUAUUGUCUCCGAUAAUUGCAACAUGGUUAUCAAUCAUAAUCCAUACUACAAGGUCCACUCAACCACAAGAUAUGAUUAAAUUUUAUUUCUCUUUAUUUUA